UAAACACAUGUGUUCUGCUGUAAGCAAUGUGCAAUCGGUAUUACGAGUUCUGAAUCAAUACGUUCUUUAGUAGUUGCGUAGUAUGGAAAGAAAGGAAACAUUAUAGACUGUUUAAAACACCGUGUGCAGCAAUGGCCAGACUAAUACAGGAAGGAGAUCAAGUCCUGCUGAAAAGAGAUGACAAUUCUGGGGUGUUUCAAGUGAAACGAAACCGACAACUUCAUUUUGACAAGGCCAAAUUCACACUAGAUGGACUCAUUGGACAUCCAUUUGGUGCAACAUUCAAGGUGGAGAAAGGAGGGAUGAUCAGAAUUGAUGACCCUGACGAAGUUCUCAAUGAACUAAUGGAAACAGAAUCAUCAGCUGCUGUCCGUGGUAAGGACAACCGGGACUUGGUUGCUGCAGGUUCAAACCAGAAACUGUCUCAAGAUGACAUCCUCAAGAUGAAGGAAGAGGGCAAGAAAGGAGAGGAAAUCAUUCAAGAGCUGAUAACAAACAGUGAGACUUUUGAAAACAAGACAGAGUAUUCGCAGAGGAAAUAUCUGCGGAAGAAAAUGAAAAAGCACGUCUUCAUCUUCACAGUUCUCAAGCCAACAGCUAGAUUGCUCAUUGACAUGGUGUACACAAAAUCUCCUGAAAAAAUCAGUCAUCUCCGAAUAGACAGCUUAUCCCAGAUCCUGCAGUACGCCAACAUCAUGGCUGGCAUCAACGUCGCUAUUGUCGACACACUCCAGGGGCUGGUUGUGGGGUCAGUGAUGGAGAGAAUGGGAGGUAUGGGGAAGGUUGUCCAGUUCUACCCAGGAUCUGAUCUCAACAGGCAUGUGUUGAAUUUCUUCGACUUCCCAUCAGAAUUCAAAGACAAUUUGUACAAUUUUGGUCUUAAGAACUUACCAGAGUUAAAGACUCGUGGACAAGAAUCUGUCAGAGAUAUGAAGAGUGACACUGAAGAGAAGGGAGAUAACUCUGGAGAGAAAGACUGUGACAGUAGUGAUAAUGGUGCUCAAACUCAAGACAGCCUUACAAAGACAGACGGCGGUCAGGCUGGGGAAAAGAGGAAGGGAGAUAACUCUGGAGAGAAAGACUGUGACAGUAGUAAUAACAGUGGACAAGAACGUGCAGAGUGCCUUGAUAUAAAGAUGGCGACUGCAGAGAAGGGAGAUGACUCUGGAGAGAAAGACCGAGACAGUAGUAAUAAAAGUGGACAAGACCGUGCUGAGAGCCCAGAUAUAAAGAUGGAGACUGAAGAGGAGGGAGAUAACUCUGUAGAGAAAGCCUGUGAUAGUAAUAACAGUGCUCCAAGUCAGGACAGCCGUACGAAGACAGAUGGCAUUCAGACUGGGGAGAAGAGGAAGGGAGAUAACUCUGAGAAAGUGGAAAAGAGACUGGAAAAAGCCAGAAUACAAGAUUAUGUGAAAACUCUCAUUUUACAGAAGGAUUUUGAUUGUUUGAUAGUGGCCUGCAAGCACCAUCCCACACCUAUAGUGCUGGCUCUGCUGGAGUAUGUUGGCCCAUCGCGUCCCGUCGUGGUGUACUCUUCUUACAAGGAGGCUCUGAUGGACUGCUACAACUGUGUGAGGGAGCGGGGUGGCGUCCUGAGUCUCAGACUGACCGAGACAUGGUACCGGGAGUAUCAGGUACUCCCAGCUCGCACUCACCCCACCAUGCAGAUGACAGGGACUGGAGGAUACCUACUGACAUUCACCACUGUCAGCAGCUGAGAGAGCACCAGGAAGAAAUUGCAGCAAUAACUCACCUUAGGAGAGACAGCCAUGAGAGAGGUUCACUGGCCAGGGGGGGCUAGUAGUUGGACACUCAUUGACAUACAAUCUGGCUAAUGAUAACUGUUCACCAACUUAAAAAGUGGAUCCCAGAAAUAUUUUGAGAGUUAAGGUGGGGCAAAUGGCCUUCUACAUAUGCCUUCCAAUGCACAUUGUUGCUCUCCCUCUAGCGUUCUAGUUUCUACUGCUGGAGAAUUGCCAUUCAGAUGAUCAUCACCACCAAUUGACAUUCAGGAGCCGAAACUGGAGCCUUUGGUAGCCUACUGUUAUUUUAGUGGGGCUCUGCCAGUGUGAAGAGACUUUCACACAAGCUGAUUUGAUUCCGCAUCUGGACCUUGUUGUAUUUAUCAAAUUGGGCACUUUGUGUUGAUGAUUUUACGAAAGAAAUAGGUUGUAUUGUUUUAUCAUUUAUCAUAACGCAACAGAUAUUCUCUCCAUCCUGACAUAAUUGUGUUUACAACUUGUCCAGCUUGAGAUCAUCAUAUGAAUAAAAACUGAAGAUAUGAAACAUGUAA